UUGGAUGGGGUUGAUAUCGAUUGGGAAUAUCCCGGAAGAAAAGGAAUGCUAUGCAAUGCUGUCAGCCCCAAUGACACAGCCAACUUUCUUGCAUUAAUAACGGAACUGAGAACAGCACUCGGAAAUGACAAGUUACUGACCUUGGCAGUAAGGGGGGAAACAUUCGAUGGACCAAAUGGAACAAUUAAUGAUGUUAGUGCUUUUGCCAAAUUAGUAAAUUGGGUUGGUGUAAUGGCAUAUGAUGUUAGCGUUGACGACGGAUCAGGAGCCGACUGGACGAAGGUCACGGGACCGAACGCACCUUUCGAUAUUUCAGAUAAAACGACAAAUAAGAUAUCAUUCAAAAAUGCCAUUUCCAAUUGGGUAAAGGCAGGAAUGCCAGAGUCAAAGAUAGUGAUGGGCAUAGAAUUUAUGGGGAGAUCACAGAAAGCAAGUGCGUCAAUGUCAUCAAGUCAAUAUGUUCCCCGGGAUCCGGUAGUGCCAAAAGGAGACCAAUUUGACGGGCUGUGGGCAGAUCCCUGCCCAAACGCCAUACCAUCAUAUUCAGGAAUAUGGAGUUGGUAUGGGCUGAGGCAACAGGGAAUUCUGGGAUGCACAUUAAGCACGACGCAGGAUAAUAGUAGUGGGAGUUGGAUACGAAAUUUCGACGAUACUACACAAACACCAUGGCUGUAUAAUCGAGAUACAGGAAUAUAUAUAUCAUACGAUGACCCACAGUCAAUCUAUGUGAAGACACUUUACACAAAGCAGCAAGGGUUGAGGGGGGUAGUGAUCUGGGACUUGGCAGAGGAUAACGGACAUGAGUUACUCGAUGUAGUUCAGAUAAUGAGGAAAGAAGGCUCGGGAAAUGUUCCAA